AAUGUUGAGCAAGGAAUUGAAGUUUCACGGCAUCAAUACGUUGAUUUAUGGCGAAAUGAUUUCCUGGAAAAAAUACCGGAAAUCAGUUGCUUCAACCAUUAUUACAUAAUCAUUGUAACAGAAUUAAAAGAAACCAAACAAAACUGUCAGUAAGGUCAGUAAGCUAGGGAGCUUUACAAAGCCAAUAUUUUUCAUAUUUUAUGCCGAAAUUAAUUCUUAGAAAUAACCGGAAGUCGACAAGCGCAUUCCGAGAAAUUUGCUCUGACCAUUUAAGCAUAUUUUUGGGGGGUUAAGUAUUUUUUCUACGUAUAUACGUGUAGUAACUUGUAGUAUGAUGCAAUUUAUUCUUCAUUCCUUUAAAAAAAGCUUUCGAACUUCUCCAGGUUCUGAGACGUUAAACGAAGAACUGACGAUGCCAAGCGUUAGCUUUAUCAUCCUGGCCUAUUAAGUACCUAUGGACCCUUCGCGCGACUGCAGAGACCGCACUCAACCAAAACAAAAGCAAAGUCAAGAAAGUGCUUCUGCCUCCGUUGACCAGACACCAAAUCCUCAGCUUUCUGCAGCUAACACUGGGGUCAGAUCCUCGCCAAACAACGCUCAGGGUGACACUAUAACGCAGAAUGAGGUCAGUGAGAAAACGCAAAGUCGCAGCCGAAGAUUUAGCCGCGGAAGAAAACGCCCAGAGGAUAAAAGUUCCACGAUUGGUGCUACUAACCAAACAGACACCGUAAAGCAGCCCUCAUUAAACAACGUCCAGGAUGAUGCGACAGACGAAACUGGAAGACAUAACGGAACUCGAAGACGAAGGAAACAACGCCCACGACGUAGCCGUGAAGAAAACGUAAGUGACGCCAUUAAAAAUGACGACAAUGCCCCGCCGCAAAAUGAUGCGACAGGAAAAGAAAGUGGGAACCACAUUAGUGUUCGACAAAAAGAACAAAAACGCCCGCGAGAAAAACCUAAAACGAACAAAACUGUUGCCUUGAAAGGCAUUGACAACAACUCAUUGUCCACAGAUAGUUCGCAAGAUGAGGCGCACGUUGCAGGAGAAGAAAGCAGGGUCCAAGGCAAUGGGGCUCAAAAGCAAGGACAACGAGGCUCACGAAAAAGAAGUGAACAAAAAAUAACUACUGCUAAGGAAAGUGAACAAAAGAAAUUGUCCCAAAGUGGUCAGUUAAAUGGUGCCACAAGAGAUCUAGAAGAGCCUAUGAGGCAAGAUAAAAAGAAGAAGCAAGGCGCAAGAGGUGGCCAAAAUAAAGUUGAAACAGGCAAAUCUGGUGUAGCGAACAGCCAAGAAGAGGAAUUUCCCCAAAAUGAUCGGCCAAAUGGCACGACAGGAGAAGAUGAAAGCCAAGAUAACAUCAAAAAACAAGGCCAAAAACGCACUCGAAAUAGAAGAAAAGCCAACAAUAAGGUUCUCGUUGAAAGUGACAGCGCUCUGUCACAAAAUCCUCCACAGGAUGGCACGACAGGAGUAGAAAGCGGGAGCCAAAAUGGCACUAGAAAGAGAAACUUGCGAGAAGGGCGUGUUCGAGCGGAAGAUGACAAAGGCAUUGCUGUAGAUGACAUCAAGACCAAUCCAGCACUGAGCAAUGACGGAGGAACUGGAACACAAAUUGGAGCCAGUCAUGCACAAGAUGUAAUGAAAGUAGUUAAAGAAAGAAAGUUCGAUACGUUGGAAGUUAACAAUAACUCUUCACAAGGCGACAUACAAGUUAAAACAACACAAAACGGACCCACAGAAAAGAGGCUUGAGUCUGUUUCGGACAAAGAUCCGAGAAGUGUCAAAGGGAAAGCAAAGAAAAAGAAGCAAAAGACAGGAUCUCAGUUAAAGACUCAAAGUCUCGAAGCAAUGAGGAAUCUUCUCAGCGAAAGUCCAGAAGAAAUUGUUAAUUGGCUUAUCUUGGAACAGUCCUCACUGUUUGGAAAGAAACAACAAAAGCGGAAAGAUGAGGUGGUUGCUCUUUUGGUGAAGCUUCUUGCGAAGGCUUGCGACUGUGAGUGCCAUACCGGUCUAGGAAAUCUCUUCAGUGUCUUGUCCCAAUCCUGGUUUCUCACCCGAAGGGUAGGUGCCAUUCUCGAUCAGGUAGCUGCAAAGAAAUCGAAAAGGUCACAAAUCAAGCAUUUUGAUUUGGAAACAAUCAGGGACUUAGCGAAAGUGCUAAAAGAAGUUCUCAACAGAUUCCCGAAGGCAUCUGCGCAUUUACCAAUAGUCAAGCUGCACAGUUCUACCAUGAAACUCGCAAGCUCUGGAGAACUUAUGGAUAGAGGAAUAAGCUCUACAGUACAAGAACUAAUGAAGUUAAGAAAGAAAGAGGAAAUUACACGAUGCAGAAAAGAGGCGACGCGCAGGAGCCCACCCGUCAAAACUGCCAUUACCGAUGACAACAGCGAGCCCCCUGAGAAUUUUCGGGAGCUGAGCAUCAUUCCAACCCGUGAGGACAUUAUCGCACAGCAAGACCAGGAUCAGGAGCCCUUUCUUAGAAGGAACAAAGUCCAUGGGCGCUACCGCAACGAGGAACAUUAUUUGGACGUCCAGUUUCGGCUCCUUCGCGAAGACUUCUUAAGGCCCCUUCGCGUUGGGAUCCAGCAGUUAAUGGCCAGGGACAGUGAUAGCAAUAGUAACGAUGAUCGCCUACAGGAUGUCCGAAUCUACGAAGAUGUGAGGAUACUAUAUCCCGUAUGUAGUUCCAACGGAGUCGCAUACAAAAUCAACUUUGAUAUUGCAAGAUUCCAACGAGUGCAAUGGGAGAACAGUAAGAGGCUAAUCUUUGGAUCACUACUGUGUCUAUCGAAGGACAAUUUUAAUAGCUUUGCUUUUGCCACAGUCGCAAAUAGGGAGUUGAAUAACAUAAGAAAGGGUGAGAUCGAGGUGCGUUUUGUGUCACCUGCUAGUGAAGGCGGAUUGCAGACAGGGGAUAUGUGUCAAAUGGUUGAGUCCAUUGCUUUCUUUGAAGCGUACCGUCCAGUGCUUGAAGGACUGAAAAUGAUGCCUCCCGGAGAAUUUCCUUUUCAGAGAUACAUUGUGAAGUGUCAGGUCGAUGUCUGGGCACCAGCCUAUCUGAGGAAAGGUGAUGGUCAGCACGUGGUGUAUGAUUUCUCAGCUAUUUUAUCGGACGAAGAAUCUCGUGAUGAAAAGUCGAGUUCUGUUUGCCUUACGGAGAGUGAGAGCAAUUGUGAUUCGAAAACCUCUGAAUGUAUGGUAUCAGUUUUGAAUCCAGCCUCUUGGCCAUCUGCAAAGGAUCUGGGGCUAGAUGAGUCACAGUUCAAGGCUUUACAGUUGGCGCUGACCAAAGAGUUUGCAGUCAUUCAAGGACCACCCGGCACUGGGAAGACUCACAUUGGAUUGAAGAUAGCCAAGGUUCUUUUACAUAACAUAAGUGCUUGGAACAAGACGGGAAGUCCCAUCCUUGUUGUUUGUUUCACCAACCAUGCUCUGGACCAGUUUCUGGAAGGAAUCCAUUUAUUUCAUUCAGACGGGAUUGUUCGUGUUGGAGGAAGAAGUAAGAGUGAGAAGAUACAAGAAUGCAGCCUGUCGAAACUGAAAGACGACAUGAUGAAGCAACGCAAGAUGCCUGCACAUCUGAGACAAGCCUACAGUGCGAUCAAAAACGAAAUGGAAAAUCUGUCGCGAAUGAUUGAGUAUGAGGAUGGAAUGCUGGACGAAUUAACAAGAAAUGUAUUUCACGAGGAUGAGCUUGUUAAUUGCAGCAUGACGCAGAACCACUAUGAUUCACUGACAAGAGGUGCAGUUCGCGGUACAGCGGGGAAAGGAAGAAAAGAAUCCGUCAUCCCACAGUGGCUUGGUCUUCCUGUCCAGCCAGCAGACCCAUACCAAGAAGGAUUUUCCCAACCUCUAGUUAUGUUUCCUUUCAACGCGGAGUGUUGGGGCAUGGAGUAUUUUUCCCAAGCAGACCUGGCCUAUAUAUCACCACGUGUCCAAAUCGCUCCUGGUGCAGAUGACGUCGAAGGAGGCUCACUGGAACUUGCUGGGAGUUACGACUCAUUUAUCGAGAUCCCAAACAUGUGGGGUGGUUUUGCAGAUGCCGGAAGAUCCAUCACGUUGCUCGCGUUUAUCUACCCCACUGGAAACGGCGGGCCAAUUCUUAGCUAUGACAUUUACGGCUUUGGUGUUCAGCUCUGGCAUGAGGGAUUCUACGGUGAAAUGGGGGUACUAACGGCUCAUUUCAUCCGCAGGGAUCUCAUGGUAUGCGCUCCCCCUCUGGGAGCUCCGGUGCUGAAUAUGAAUGCGUGGAACUUUAUCGGUGCCUCUUACGAUCACGACUCCGGAGUAGCAUGCCUGUGGCACAAUGGAAAUGAGGUCGCAGCUGUGUCCAUAGGGAAUAAUUUUGACUUGGCGACACAGUUUUCCAUCAGGAUUGGCGCUUUGGCAAGCCCUUGGCAAGGGUAUUACUUCGCAGGGAGAAUUUCUCAUUUGCAUAUAUAUGCAGAGGCGCUAACUGUUGACAAUAUUCGAGCAGUUGGAGGUAUUCAACAAGGUAGAUACAAACUCAGUCGGGAACACCUAAACGUGGAUAGUGAUGAAGAAGCAGACGAAAUCAACGAUAACAGUGAAGAUGUCGACGCUAACAGAGGAAAACCUCGUGACUUUGACUUUGAUGCUGACGUCAUGCAAGAUCAAAGGAUCCUGGAUACUGAUGCUGUGCUGAGGUUUGAGUCCAAUCCUUCUUCGGAUCAUUUGUUGAGCACGGACGAUCCGUACGAGACUCCAAAUUUUACGGAAGGAGACGUUCAAAAUGGCAGCUGGCAAUUCCAGAAUCCCAACAGAAUCAAGCAAAAGAUCAAACGAAUUAUUCGGAGGGAGCUUAAUCGAGAUGACGCGAUGAGCGAAGAAGAUGCUUCCAAGGUCGAGGAUGUUUGGAACCUUUCUGAGAAAGACCGCUGGUGUCUGUACCGCAGAUGGGUGUGCGAUGCGCGUAAGCGUUGUCACGAGGCUAUCUCUGAUUUCCAAGAAAUGUUUGAUGAGAAAGUGGAUGAGCUGAAAGAAGUUAGAAGACAGCAGGACUACGAGAUCCUUAAAAACGCAGAUGUUAUUGGUAUGACCACCACAGGUGCUGCACGGUGUCACAGCCUGUUACAAGACAUACAGCCAGCGAUUACAAUUGUGGAGGAAGCCGCUGAAGUGCUCGAGGCGCACAUUGUAACCUCUCUAACACCCGGAUGUCAGCACUUGAUUCUGAUUGGUGAUCAUCAACAACUCCGUCCCAAUCCCACAGUCUACGAUCUCCAAAAAAAUUACGAUUUGGACGUGUCAUUGUUUGAAAGAAUGGUGACUAACGGGAUGCUGUUUUCAAGGCUGUCCUUGCAGCACCGAAUGCGGCCACAAAUUGCCAAAAUGUUGGAUCACAUCUAUGUUGAACCAAAACUGCAAAACGACGAGUCUGUGUUGAAUUUUGAAGAUAUUAAAGGCGUGGAACGAAAUUUGUUCUUUGUGGAUCACAAUAAGGGAGAGAACUUCAUUUCUGAAGGGAAAAGCAGGUCCAAUGAUCACGAAGCCAAAUUCCUGACAGCCCUAUGUCGCUACUUCAUUCAACAAGGAUAUCCGCGGGAAAAGAUUACAAUUCUAACAGCCUACAGCGGACAGCUUCUGAAACUCAGACGAGAGAUGUCCGCGGACAAGACUUUUUUCGAGGGAGUUCGCGUUACAGCAGUUGACAACUUUCAAGGAGAAGAAAAUGACAUCAUCCUUCUGUCGCUUGUUCGUAGUGACAGUAUUGGCUUUCUCAAGAUCGCAAACAGAGUCUGUGUUGCCUUAUCGCGAGCCCGGAAAGGUUUUUACAUCAUUGGAAAUGCUACACUUUUAGAAGGACAAGACCCUGAUCUCUGGGAGAAGAUCAUCGCAGAUAUGCGCCAAGAAGAAAAUUUAGGCCACCAUUUGAAACUUGUUUGUCAAAACCACCCACAAAACGUGAUCUACGCAUCGUCUGCUGAGGACUUUGAAGACGCCCCUGAGGGAGGGUGCAAAGAACCAUGCGGAAGGCAGCUAGAUUGUGGUCAUGAUUGCGACCAGUACUGUCACCCGGCAGAUCCCGAACAUAAAGAGAGAUUCGCUUGCCAGAAGCCUUGCACCAAAACUUGCGAGUUUGGACAUAAUUGCCGCAGGACCUGCGGCGAAGAGUGUGGUCCUUGCGUGGUACGAGUCCCAAAGAUCAUCCCAGAAUGUAAUCACGAGCAGCAGGUCCCCUGUUCCGUCGACCCCUUUAAAUUCAAGUGUAUGGAGUUGGUGCCAAAACAGGCGUGGCCCUGUGGCCAUGUCAAUCAGGUACAGUGUUCUGUGGCUCCCAGUGACAUCGCCUGCCAAGAGCCCUGUGGUAAAUUACAUUGUGGCCAUGCAUGUUUGGGUUCCUGCUAUCGAUGUCAAGGUGGGCGCCUCCAUUUGCCGUGCGAUUCUAAGUGCAGUCGUACACUGUUCUGUGGCCAUGUCUGUCAGGACGCCUGUGUCCGUACCUGCCCGCCUUGUUCAGAACCCUGCCGUAACUACUGCGAUCAUCAGCAAUGCAGACGGAACUGUGGACACCCUUGUCAACCAUGUGCACAUGAUUGUACAUGGCAGUGUCCACACCAGAAAUGCACGGCACCUUGCGGAGAGAUUUGUAACCGACCGAGGUGCGACGAACCAUGUCAAAAGAAGUUAUCGUGCAGUCACUCGUGUGUAGGUGUUUGUGGCGAAGUUUGCCCGAAGUUGUGCCGAGUUUGCAACGAAGACAGGUUCGUAGAAAGUGAACCUGGAGCAAUGUUCGUCGAAUUGCUUGACUGUGGUCAUGUGUUUGAAGUCAACAUGUUGGACAAAUACAUGGAUGAAGCUGAUGUAGAAAGUGAAGAUGAUCGUAAAGAUGCUGUAAUCAAGCACAAGCUAUGUCCAACUUGUGGCAUUCCGAUUCUAUAUGGCCGCAGAUAUGGAAACAUCGUUAAGAAGAUCCUUGCUGAUUUUGAAGCCGUGAAGCGUCGAACUUUCCUCUCUGACGUAGCAAGUAUGGUUCAAAUACAGAGGAUUCGAAAAGAACUUAGAGAAAUCAAAGGGAUUCAAGAGAAGGUGCUAAAAGAAAUAGAUCGAUCUGUCACUAGCGGUCGUCUGACAUCUGAAGAAGUCAGCACGCGUCAAAACCAAGUUACCUUUUUGAAGUUUCUCGGAAAUCUGGCCACGAAGCACCAGAUCACAAAAGAAACGAGCAGUGAACUACAUUGUAAAAUAAAUAUUAUCACAUCACGGAUAAUGAGAAGACGGGAAUGCUUCAGUGAACAGGAAUUAAAGGAAUUCCAGGAAGAACUGUCAAGAACAGAGCUCCUUGCUUGCUUCCAAGGCUUGAUGAGCGCACUUCAAUCUAAAUCUGUCAAUCUUGGUCCUGAAGAUCAGAGCAGUGUAGACUCUAUAAGGAAUGCGCUGGAUUCAGGAAACGCACUUGCUCAUCAGAAAAGAAAAGAUUUAAUGGCUGGUAUCAACAGAAUUAACCAGCGGUACGGGCUUUCCAAGUUUGUCCAGGCAACCGACUGUGGUUCAGAGUUGAAAGACAUGAUUGUUAAAUCAACGAACAUCACACAAGGACCCUGGUUCAAAUGCAAUAAAGCAGCUCAUGUUUACUGUGCUGCUGAAAGCACUAGAGAGGCAGGUUCCAUCAAGUGUCCAGAAUGUCUGGCAGAAUCAAGACGGACUGCACAGUCACCAACAGAGGCUGUCCCCACUCCGAUGAAACUGAGUCAACUGAUGAACAUGACUUUCAAAAAUGGAUUCGUGACGCCGGGGACUAAGGGAAAAAGAAGGAAACGUCCAGGCAAGAAGACUUCCAAGCCUCGUGAAUAGUACUCAUGAUGACAUGAGGAUAUCUGCUAGACAACUAAGUUAAUAGAGCGAGUAGUUUGAUGUGAUGAAAUUUCUAUUCGUCUGUAUUAGUCGGCGGUUUAGCUGUGUGAGUUCAUUUAAUCGGCGAAAGUCAGUUUUAAGGUGGAACUAUUUCAAAGGAUUCUGUAGAAUCAAAGAGCCAAUGUGUUUCAAUUUGACAAUUUUGGGAGCAGAGGAAACUUUAAAGGUGUGCAAUCAUCAGUUUUGUCACACAAAUCUCCAGACUUUUACAUCUCAUAUGCGCUCCUCUAAAUAUCGUUCUAUACAGCUAUCAGUUCAAAGUCGGGAUGAUGAAAAUCACAUUUAUCAAAAGGUCGCGCUAAGAGCAGGCUAGUAAUGAGUUUAAGAAAGGGGACAACGUUUUAAAGGUGGUUAGACAUGUUUCGACAGAAAUGCCCGUCGAAACAUGUCUUGCAACUGCACUGAGCUUAAAAACGUCAUUUUUCUUAAAAUUAUAAUCAAAUUGAGUGCAUACGCUUGACUGAUACUGCGUUAUUUAGUCAAUGAGACUUGAUUCUGAUCUUGCAGUUGAUAUUGUUGAUGAACAGUUGAAUGUUUGUCUAACAACUCUUUUAACAAACAGGAAGCCCGAUUAAGCUAACCGAGGAUUAACGAGAAUUUUGAUUUGAGUUUUGUAACUUUUCGGUGAGUUUUUCUGUUUAUAUUGUUUAUAUUGCUUGGCCUUCUGUUUACGAAAGCAGUGGAAAACUUCGGAAUACUUCGGUUAACUUUUAAUCCUGGGUUAGCGUUAAUGAUUUUCUUACUAUUUCUUUUACUCUUGAGGAUUGCAAAACAUUUAGGGAGGUGAACCUAAGAAAACGUUGUGCUCAUCUACUGAGGUUCACACAGUGACAGUGGUAUGCAAAUAUAUACAAUUCAGUGCACUGAUUGCAGUGCAAUGCAGUGAAUAACAGUGCGGUACCCUGCAGCCCUACGAAGUGCAAUGCAGUGCAGUGUAUCGAAGUACCUUGUGGCGCACAAUGUCUGAGUGUAACGCAGAACAAUAUAAUACCAUGCAUUAUAGCCUGAAAGUAGAGUGCAGUGUAGUACAUGCACAACAAAUUAUUUUGUAAUGGCUCUAACAUUAGGAUAAUAUAAAGAAUAAAAGAGAAGGAAAAAGAACUACAAAAUAACACUAGUACGAAAGAAGAGUAGACCGUCUUUUAGUGGUGCCACGUUUAAUAUAGUAAAAUAUGAUGAAAUCGUAUUUAAUUGUAUAUGGAUCAGUAUUGUCUCUAGAAGCGCCGGGGGCUGUUAAAACAAUGUUAUUGUAAAUUAGAAUUUUAGAUCUUCAAGUUGCAAUAAAGAUGCUAUGAAUCAUCGUAGUUAUGUGUUAUUGAAAUAGAUAUUCUAAGUAAAAGUGCAAUUUAAUUUCAUUUUUCUCGUCAAAUGCAUGAUAGAUUCUUCUAAGUUAAGGCUUAGAAAUUUUACACUGUUAAGAAAAUUGUGGUCUCAACACUUAACAAUUACAAUAAAAGCCCUGAAGUUGUU